AUGCAAAAGGCUGGUCUGGUCUAAGAAGGCAAGGAAGGCAAGAAUGUUUGGUCACCGCUGCUAGACGCGGCUUUAGAGGACAGAAAUUGGAACAUAUUGGCUACUUUGUCGAGGUCUCGAUCGCGGCCUCCUUUGUGCUUCCGUCUUGCUAAGCUAAGGGAGGAGCGUUUUGCUUCCGAUAGCUCGAGUAGAGCAAAUGUUAUAAGCUCUCGCCUCUUUACGCUCCUCUUGGAGUCAUGCCUAAUCUACCUCGACGCAGACUCGACCUUCUCUUCUUCUCGACAGACUCCCGCUCCAGUCCAACGACGUUCUCUGAACUGCGCAUCUACCUUGACGAACCUGAUGGCAACGGCGCUCGAGCUUGCCGCUGAGGCGCGAGAAAUGACGGCCAAGACCGAUGCUCUCAUCGGCGGCCUGAAGCGCAAGAGCAUUUACGGUGCCGACUGUCGUCCUUCCGUUGCGGAGGCGAGGAGCAAUAGCUCUGUCAAUACACAGAAAGUUUCGGCCGGAGCAAAGACUAAACUCGAUUGUUGCGGGAGGGUGCCCUCUGCCGAAAUGGAGGGAACGGGAAAGACGGACGAAUACUUUCAGCAUCGGAUUCACGAGCUCACUCGACUUUUCGAUCUGAUGCAAGCGGAGGAAAAGGACAAGAAAGGGCUAAAGUGGACGGGAAAGGUUCGAAUAUUGGAGAGGAUUGACGAAGAGGCCAUGGGAGAAGAGGAGCUAGAUCAGGAUUUAAAGGCAGUCCUCGACCAUCUGGAAACAAGAAAAAGGGACGUGUUGCGUUUGGCAAUGUGGGACAGUAGUGACGGCAGCGAUUGGACGCUUGUGACUGAAGAAAGUACGCGAAGCAGUCAAGACCUAAUCAUGAGCAAGCCCUUGGAGACACGUCAGGAUGAUAUUGAGAAAUAAAAAGACAUGGCAUGUCGCUUUUGAGGAAAAGAUCUGACUAAAAGACACAACGGACCGCCUAAAUGUCCUCGGGGAGGUCCUUGAGGUGGGGGAAGAGGAUCUUUGCGUUUUUGUAGGCAAUCUUGCGCAGAUCCGUCUUGUUGAGCUGCGGCUCGA